AGCAGACAAGGAAAACAAGCAGGAGCAUUAGACCCACUUGAGGCUGACCUGUGUUGACCUUCUGUGUGCUGGACUUUUAAAAACGGAUUGAUUGCCUUCUUGCUUUUUCUGGUUCUCAGGACAUAGAACUCAAAAGAAAGGCAAAAGUUUGCUCCUGGAUUUGCAAGUCACCGAUGGCUGCCGUGCGUCCGAUGCUCACUGAGGCGUCCGGCUUCCACGUCCUCCCGGCCCACGUGAUGGCCUCGGCCAUGGAGGAGUUCCCGCAGCAGCUGCCCGUCCCCAAGGGCCCGUCCAGGGGCAAGAGCCGCUCCCGGCGACCCCGCGAGGCCCGCUUCAAAACCCAGCCGGUCACCUUCGCCGAGAUCGCCGAGGUGGUGGAGGAGGAGGGCUCGUCGCCUCUGGAGGAGGAGAGGGCGCGGCGCUCCUUCCUGCAGUCUCUGGAGAACCUGAGGAGGAGCACCCAGACCCUGCACAGCUCGCCGGGCGCCCGCCAUCAGUGCACCCCGUCGCCCACGCAGGCCGGCAUGGACUCCAGUGAUUCGGACUCCACCCAGUGAAGGGGUCAACAAACCUUGUGGUUCCUCUUGAUGGAGCGCGGUUGAAGUGAACCAAACUGGGGCAAAGUCUGCUUUUAGCAUUCACUAACAUGUCAACGUGCAGCACACAACGUGAAGAUGCAUCGGGGCGGCCUAGUAGCAGGUGGAACUGUUUUCAACAUGUUUUCAAAAGUAUAUUUACUUUCUUUGUAUACGACAGCGUAGAAGGAUUUUACUUUACCUUAUAUUAGUGGCCCUCAAAGUGCGGUACACGAACUCCCUCUAGUGGUAUGUGAAAGUAUCACUGCAUUAAAUCUUCAAAGUGCAUAAUAGUUACAGUGGAUUAAACUUUUUUUUAAUACAGUACAGCACAUUUGUUAAGUGCAGUUCUGUUUAAUUUAGUUUCUAAAGUACAAUAUAUGUGAAUUUUAUAUUUUAGAACUGUUUUCAAGCAUUUGUAGGUAAAAUUUGUAUUUCACUUUUAUGUGCAAUACAUUUUUUAUUGAAUUGUUAGUUCUUUUUCUGCUAUAUUCAACCGCAGAGUUAAUCUUAAUCUACAGUGUCAUUAUUUUUUUCUAUAUUUAAGCACAGUGUUAAUUUGUUUCUGGUGUCGUCCAUCCAUCCAUUUUCUAUCGCUUAUCUGAGGUCGGAUCGCGGGAGCAGUAGCUUUAACAGGGACGCCCAGACUUCCCUCUCCCCAGCCACUUCCUCCAGCUCUUCCGGGGGGAUCCCGAGGCGUUCCCAGGCUAGCCGAAGGACGUAGUCUCUCCAGCGUGUCCUGGGUCGUCCCCGGGGUCUCCUCCCGGUGGGACGUGCCCGGAACACCUCACCGGAGAGGCGUCCGGGAGGCAUCCGAAUCAGAUGCCCCAGCCACCUCAUCUGGCUCCUCUCGAUGUGAAGGAGUAACGGCUCUACUCUGAGAUCCUCCCGGAUAACCGAGCUUCUCACCCUAUCUCUAAGGGAGAGCCCGAACACCGUGCGAAGGAAACUCAUUUCGGCCGCUUGAUCUUGUUCUUUCGGUCACGACCCACAGCUCGUGACCAUAGGUGAGGGUAGGAACGUAGAUCGACCGGUAAAUCGAGAGCUUCGCCUUUCGGCUUUGCUCCUUCUUUACCACAACGGAUCGAUACAAAGUCCGCAUCACUGGAGACGCUGCACCGAUCCGGCUGUCGAUCUCCCGUUCCAUUCUUCCCUCACUCGUGAACAAGACCACAAGAUACUUGAACUCCUCCACUUGGGGCAGGAUCUCAUCCCCGACCUGGAGAGGGCAUGCCACCCUUUUCCGACUGAGGACAAUGGUCUCGGAUUUGGAGGUGCUGAUUCUCAUCCCAGCCGCUUCACACCGAACCACUCCAGUGAGAGUUGGAGAUCACGGCUUGAUGUUGCCAACAGAACCACAUCAUCUGCAAAAAGCAGAGAUGCAAUACCGAGGCCACCAAACCGGACCCCCUCUACGCCUCGGCUGCGCCUUAAAAUUCUGUCCAUAAAAGUUAUGAACAGAAUCGGUGACAAAGGGCAGCCUUGGCGUAGUUGGUGUCGUAUACAAAGAAAUCAAAAUAGCAUACUUCGAAGAAAGACAGUAUGAACCUUGUACAUGUUUUCAAGUGUAUUCCUUUUCCGCUGUAGACUUGAGAGAUGGCACAUUGGGCUCUUUUUUAAUAGCACAAUGGCACACCACUGAUUUUUCAUUUUUAUUUUUGCAUAUAUUUUUCUAUUUCUAGAACAAAACAAAAAUCAAACGCAAGUAGCCAUACUACUAAUAUUGUAAAUGGCACGACUAAGCGAAGCAGUGGCCUGGCCGUCACUGAAGCUUUCAGAGGAGUUCACGCUCUUGUGAGCGAGUGGAAAUGUAUAAAGAAAAGAUUCCUUUCUUCAAAAAAAGUUUAUUUAUUCUCUUCAUUUGCUCAUAACCAAAUUUGGGAUUUUACUGUGCUUUUCUGACUUGUGAAGUCGCCUCGACUUUCAAAAAAGACUGUAACCUUUCCUCUGUGCUUUAUAUUGAAAGUACUUUACAUUAUAUACCAUGUUUGUCAUAA